AUGUCCAACAAGUUGAGCGAGGAUGAUCUGGCUAGGAGGGAUUUUUUACUCCGUACAGUAGAUAAUGAGAUAGCAUGUGCUCCGGUAUAUAAGACUUUUAUCAUCGGUCAACACGUGAUAGGGUUUCUCUUCUUAUUGGCAACUCAUAAACAGCAUAGAUUAAAGAAGUUUGCUAGAUGUACUCUGGGUUAAUAUACCCUCGCUUUAAUGGAAAUGAUUAAAGUCAGACAACUCAAGGGAGGAUUUAUAUUAAGCAAGUGUAUCACUGAUCUUGUUAGCUUCUAUAGAAAAUGCUCUUUUAGUCUAGCUGAAGCACCAUUUAGUUCAUGGGCAGAGAGGGGAACUAAAAUUAUGUGUUUUGAGUUAACCAUGGAAGACAAUGAUGAGAAGGAAAAAGUUCCUGAAAAAAGUGCGGUAAAAGAAAGAGCAGCAGCAAUUAAUCAUGUUAAUAGGAAACAAAUUGUAGCAAAGAAGGUUAAGAAACCAUUACGAGAGAAGAGUGCAUUUGAUGAUGGUAUGUCAUCAUUUUUAUCGGAUGCCAAUGAUGUUGGGCUUGCACCCGCUAAGAAGGCCAAGAAGGAAAAGCCAGUUCAAAUUGACACUUCCAGUAUCAAAGUUGCCGCCAUAAUUAGGAAAGCACCAAAGCCAAGAGCUAAACCUUAACUUAAACGCAAGACAAAGGCUAUUGUGGAUGGUUCUGGUAGUGAUGAGGUAAUGAGUGAUGGGGACUCAGUCGAGUCUAAGAAGACAACCAAGUCUGCGAGCCGUUGGCUCGACAAACAUUUUUUCUCUGGAAAUUGUGGUGGUAAAAUUAUCAGCGGGCCAUCUAAACCUGUACCCAUUAGAUACUACACAUGCAAGGAGUGUGAUGAAGAGAGACGAUAUGACAGAGGUUCCAUUAAAAGACUCGAAAAAGUAAGUCUCAAGUCCGCCCUUUUGGAUAAACUUCCCAAAUAAACUACCCAAUUACAACUUAAAGAUAAUGCUAGCGAUACUAAUAGUGAUUAUGCCAGUGCUUCUUUAUGCCCUACUAGCUCUAAGAGGCAGAAUACUGGUAUACAUAUGGCUGUAAUAGAGCCGGAUCAUAUUGAGGUUGACAUAAUGAGACAACUUUAAACGAUCGAAUAAAGUACCGAAAGCGUCCACAUAAAUGCGCUCACCAUCCAAGAUAUAUGUAGCAAGUUCAACAAAGAUUUGUUGAUCAAGUUAUUCUAAAUGACUAACACUCUAAUGUUAUUGCGCCACACCUCUUGGGUAAGAGCGACCCUAACAUUAAGCCAAAUUGAAGGCGCUAAAAGGACAGAAACCUUAUCAGACUUCAAGUGGCAUAUUACCAAUCACUACAACGAUCGUAUUGGUAUAUGGUGCUCCACAUAUUGGAACUAUCUAAGUGAGGAUUAAUUCGCGUUGUUAAAGAUCUUCAAGAACAGCCCUUCGACUGUUGACGACAGCAUCCUUAUGAUUUCCCUUUGCUCUGCAGUAGACGGUGAUGGAUAAAAGUAUAUUGAAGUUGUGUCUCAAUUUGUAAGGAAUGCUCCAACCGCUUAUGGGUUGUUAUACGAUACAAUUAUCUCAUGUUCUAAGUAAAUGAAGCUUAGGUUUGAAUAAUUUAUAAAACUCACCGAUGUUCUAUAAGAUAAGACUUAUGCUGCUAUUGAAUCUAUAAAGGAUACUCGUUUAUAAAUAUUAGUGGCCAAGUGGAAAGAUUAAAUCGAACUUGCUCAUGCCACUUCCACGGUUAUCGACGGCGACUCCAUAUAGAAGUCACUCAACGAGUUCAUCGCCAAGUACGGCAAGCCAGAUCCUUAACUUGCUGCUGAUCUGUCUAUUGCAGGGGAUCUCCGCUUCCAAUUCUUCACCAAAGUCGUGUUGAACCCUCCUAAUUAUAAGCAAUUUGCAGCGGCCCAGUACUGCAUUGGCUUGCUCAAAACUUAUCACAGAUAAAUGUGGUGUGUGCCUUCUGGCUAAGGUAAAGGAAGAAUCGAGCAUACGCUAGCUGUGUUCGCAUUGCUGCUCGGAUUCUUAAAGGUCUACAUAUUCUACUCUUCUAAGUAGCUGUGCGAUAGAGAUGCUGAUGAAUUCUCAACCUAUCUAGAUCUUGUUGAGAAGGAUCAGAUCCAACAUUGCAUUGGAAUAGACGGCUUAAAGGUCGGUGAUAACGAACUCGCAAUAUUUGACGAAGGCGACGCUAUCAUGCACAGCGAUCCUGACAAAUUCAGAGACUUUAUAUCCAAGUUUUUAUAUGUCUGCUUCACAGCAACUCCAGAUGACUAGGAUCAUAAGGGUGUAGAUAUACAAGUCCUUAAAGCCAUGACGUUCCCAACCUUUUACUAUGUGCUUGAUGUUCUUGAGCGAAUAGUCAAGUUCGAUUUUGACCUCGAGUUACCAACAAUACCUGUCACUGAAAAGGCUGCUGAAGUUAAGAAGCUCUCUCAGACUGGGCCUGUUGUUGUCCACUGUACCUCUGUACUGUAUGAUGAGCUCAAAAAGCUUGAUUUAGAGCUGGUAGAGGCUGAUGAGAACUUGAACCAUUUGAUCUUGAGAACCCUCGGUGUGAAAAUUAACGACAAGUUCAGAGUUGCAGUGGCUCUCACAACGGCUGCUAUAAGAGGCCUUGAUUAUAGAUCCUCCGUUGAUGGGAUUAUGAUAUCAUUGCUACUAGCUAAAUCAUUUGUGAAUAAAAGAGAAGCAAUAUAGGGUUACUAUAGAGUGGGUAGGUUCAAUGACAAAUGCUAUAGAGUCGCCUUUAAGGAAGUGGGCCUGAUAGACGCCAAAGCCGAGAUUGUAUACAAACUCAACGCAUCCAAAUUUUUAUAAGCUCUAUCCAGAAAGACCAUCCAGAUUAAACAGAUUAAUGUAACAGACCUAGUAGAUCAAAGUAAGAAGACACCAGCGGCUGCAAGCAAGAAAACACCAGCAGCUACAGGCAAGACAUCACCAACAAGACAAGACAACAAUCCCACAACAGGGCAAAUUAAGACAUCUUAUUAAGGGUCAAUGGUUAGAAAAAGAACAAAUGCGUUAGUACCAUAGUUGUUGGAAGAGAGGCAAGGGUCUAUUGAACAGACACCCCAGCCUUUAUAGUAACAGACAGAAAGAUGGCCACUGAGACAGCACCUACUGCAUACAAAGGAAAGAGUGCUUUGA